GCUCGUCUGCGCGCAGAUGGAGGGGACGGAGCCCCGGCAGCGGAGGCCCGAGGGCUGCGGUCGGCCAGAGGAGCAGGGGCUACCGCCCACGCUCGGCACAGGCGGACCCCCCGCGGCCUCAGAAGCUGGACUUCAGAGAGUCCCCUCACGCCAGCUCUCGGCCCCCAAGCCCACAGACCCUGAGGCCGGCAGGGAGACAGCCUGGACCAUUGGGCUGCAGGUGGCGCCGCCCUUCCUGUGUGCCGGCCUGGGGCUGUCCUGCGCGGGCGUGCUGCUGGACUACUUCCAGCACUGGCCGGUGUUUCUGGAGGUGAAGGACCUGCUGACGCUGGUACCGCCGCUCGUGGGCCUGAAGGGGAACCUGGAAAUGACGCUGGCCUCGCGACUCUCCACGGCCGCCAACACCGGGCAGAUCGAUGACCCCCAGGAGAAACACAGACUCAUCAGCAGUAACCUGGCACUCGUGCAGGUGCAGGCCACUGUCGUGGGGCUCCUGGCUGCCGUGGCCGCCCUGCUGCUGGGCGCUGUGUCUCGGGAGGAGCUGGACUUGGCCCCCAUGGAGCUCCUGUGUGCCAGCAGCGUCGUCACUGCCUUCCUCGCCGCCCUCGCCCUUGGCCUGCUGAUGGUCUGUAUAGUGAUUGGCGCUCGGAAGCUCGGCGUCAACCCAGACAACAUCGCCACGCCCAUCGCGGCCAGCCUGGGCGACCUCAUCACGCUGUCCAUUCUGGCCUUGGUCAGCAGCUUCUUCUACAGACACAAAGACAGCCAGUACCUGAUGCCGCUGGUGUGCGUGGGCUUCGUGGCGCUGACCCCGUUGUGGGUGCUGAUCGCCAAGCAGAGCCCACCCAUCCUGCAGGUCCUGAAGUUCGGGUGGUACCCCAUCAUCCUGGCCAUGGCCAUCAGCAGCGUCGGAGGCCUCAUCCUGAGCAAAACCGUUUCUAAGCAGCAGUACAAGGGCAUGGCCAUCUUCACGCCUGUCAUCUGCGGUGUCGGCGGCAACCUGGUAGCCAUUCAGACCAGCCGGAUCUCCACCUACCUGCACAUUCGGAGCGCCCCUGGCGUCCUGCCGCCCUGGAUGAAGAAGUUCUGGCCCAACCCCUGCUCCACGUUCUGCACCUCAGAAGUCAACUCCAUGUCAGCCCGAGUGCUGCUCUUCCUGGUGGUCCCGGGCCACCUGAUUUUCUUCUACAUCAUCUACCUGGUGGAGGGCCAGUCGGUCACAGACAGCAAGAGCUUCGUGGUGCUGUACCUGCUUGCGGGCCUGAUCCAGGUGACGAUCCUGCUGUACCUGGCCGAGGUGAUGGUCCGGCUGACCUGGCACCAGGCCCUGGAUCCUGACAACCACUGCAUCCCCUACCUCACGGGCCUGGGAGACCUGCUGGGCACGGGCCUCCUGGCCCUCUGCUUCCUGGUCGACUGGCUGCUCCGGAGCAAGGCAGAGCUGGCCGACCUCUCAGAACUGGCCUCUGGACCUCUCUAGCCGGGCCAACCAGCCCUGGUUGCUUAGUAGGAUGUUUCCCUCCCCGCGGCGGGUACAGGACGCAGUGUCUCCCCUGGCCAGGUCCCCGGAGUGGUCUUGGCCAUGGCCCUUCCUUCCUCAGUCUGCUAUGGAGACGCACACACGCCGCGACUCCAGCAGGGGGCGCCCAAGCCCAUGCUGGAACGCUGGAGCCAGGAGUGCUGCUUGGGAGCCUGCGACCCGGGGUGUGUGUCCGUGUGCUGGCUGAGCGUGAGCGUGCGUGCGUGUGAGUUGGGGGAGUGCCGUGUUCUGGCCCGGUGCAGCCACAGAAGGGGCGUGGCCCAGCUUGGCCCAGCUCUCGUCUGUGCUGUGCGGAUUGGAGUGGACCAGGAGGGGGGAUCCUUGUUGUCCCCAGGCUCAGGACUCUGGGCGUGGCUUUUCUGUCCUCCGGGCUCUUGCCCUGGGAGCCCCUGGGAGCGUGUGCAGCCUCUCAGGGCGGGGCCUGGCUCCCUCCCAGGCCCAGCCUCUCUGCAGCCUCUCCGCCUCAUCACUGCUGUAGUCUUCAGUUUUUGUAGAGUUCGUUGUCAGCAGCACUCCAGGACCAGACACGUGUAAAAUAAAGGUCGCGUUACGUCUGUCGGGCUUCUCUUGUCUUCAGCGGUGGUUAACACAGCGUGAGACGGCAACAGUGCACACCCCGGGCACUUCUCCCAGGCCGCGGUUCUGAACACAAGGCCCCAACGUCGCCAGGAGCCUGUUCCAAAUGCAAGCUUUCACUGCCAGCGGAAGCCACGCCCCUGGGCAGGAGCCUCCAGGUUGUGAAGUUCACGCCGCGCUCCUGCAGCCUCCGGUCGCUACAGCCUGUGUGCCUGGCACGCUUCCAUUCAGCACAUAGCGCAUCCUGCACCAUCACCACCAGGUGGCGCUACCUGUGUGUGGGAGCUGCUCCUCUUCUAGAUGCCAAGCCUCGAGCUGAACUCGACAGUAUCUCCACCCAGCGACACCCACGGUGCGGACGUGGACAGAAACAGGCUGUGAUCCUGCCCAGCAAGGGCAACAAGGAGACUCUGGCGCUAGCUUGUCCUGAAGACACAGCAUCCUAGCCUCCACGGUCAAGACAAGGCGAGCAAAUUUGAGAACAGGUACCCUGGCUGGACUCCUGCGAGCUGCGGCUCCACUGUAGCAGAGAACCAAAGGAGGCUGGAGGCUCGGCCAGGAUGGGGCCCGGGAGGGAGUGCGCCUGCACCCUGAACCUUACGUGGAGGACCGCCUGGUGCUGAAAAGGGUGGCCAGCACCCUCACCAACCGGAGCAUCGUGACGGCUGUGCUGCUCCGGGCCAGCCCCGCCGUCGGCAGAGGACUCUGGCACCGCAGGUGGAGUCUGCUUCCUGCACCAUCUCCGAAGAGUGAGCGCAUGGACGUAGGACGCCGACCCGGCCCGCACCCCAGCUCCCUCCUCAGGCCUGCAGUGAGCACAGCCUCUCCUGGCCCCCUGCCCACAGGACUCACCUGGGCAGUGCCUGGAAGGUGCUGUGUGGUUCACAGAGUGUCCCCUGUCACGUGAGCAGCGACAGCAACUUGCAGAGGGGCAGGCAGUGGGACCGCGGUGGGGAGGGGGCAGCUCCUUGUUUUCCCGGCUCCGACUCGGGGUCCUGCGAGAGGAGACGUGGAUGGCAGCCUCGCCUUUGCCCUAAAGAUUCUGAACACUGGGUUACUGUGUUCUUUCUGCCAGAGGUUUUAUUUUAACUUGUUUUAAAAAAAGUAAAUGUUGGGAGGGCUGGUAUGGGGGAGGAACCGCUAUAAUCCAAAGUUGUGCUUAUGAAAUUUAAAUA